AUGCCACGGGUAGGCGCGUUGAGGCUUGCCGCCUCCUCUGCGCCAACGCGGCCUGUGCCGCAGCUUGCGUUUGCUGCCAGACAAGAGGAGGAGCAGAGCCGUUUGGCGAUAGGGCCAGGCAAUCGCAUUCGCCCCGUGGGCGUUGCGGACCCGAGCAACACCCAGGUCGAGGUUGCUGCGCCUCGUGGCGCAGUGACGCAGCAUCGCACGCUUGUUGCGGGCGAUGGAGCAUCGACGGCAGCUGGAAUCCUGGCUCUUCCGGAUGCGGGUCCGGCGGCAUUUGCGGCGGUGUCUUUGCAGCUGCGAGCGCAGCGCGGUCAGAUACCGUCGGCCGCCGAAUGGCGCACAAUGCCGCAGCUGCGGCUGGAGUGGUGGCUGUGUCGGCAUUGCAGAGACGUUGUCAACCACAACUCGGCCACGUCCUGCAGCAGAUGCGCGUCGAGCGUCAGGGAGAUGACGCCAUAUGCAAGUCCAGCCGAGGUCGCAGCCCUCUCAGCCAACGCACAGCGCACCGCGUAUGGUCGGAGACUCAAAAGUGUGCAGGGAAAAGAGCAGCCUGUCGCUCUGGCUGUUGCGCAGACGCCGGGCAGCGCCGGCUAUGCCAGCGCUGUCCUUGCCCAGAUUGCGAGCUUUCAGCCUGGGUCGAAGCGGCUGGAGGCGAUGGUGGAGCCUCGUGUUGGCCUUUUUGACGGAUGGCUUGCGCUCACGACCGAUGGGACUGUCAGAUUUUGGACGCGCGACGAUGUGCGGGCAUUCUUUGCGUGCGGCGAGGGAGAGGCUCUCAUCGCCGAGUACAUUCUCUCGUGGGGAAGGCGUGUCGACAUAGGCGUUGAGGGGCAGCCACUAGUGGUUCAGGCGGCGCCGAAGGGCGGGUGGUGGAUGCGUACUCUCUCCUUCGUCAACGAGCGGCACCUCCACAUCGUCCGCGCGCUGCUAGCACUACUGCCGCCAGAGGCUGCUGCUCAUUUGCAGGACGCGUCGCUAGCUACUACUGCAAACGCUGCACAGAGAGCGACCUCGACUGUCGCGUGUCUCGAGGAGCUCGAUCGGCAGUCCGCUGGACCCGUGCAACACAGCAGCUCCUUCGUUCAUGCCAGCAGCGGCGACGAUGCCGAUGUGGCAUGGUUAGGCGAGUGGCAGUCGCUGGUGCGGACUUGCUGA